AUGUGUCGGGUAAAGGGAUUAGAAGAUUAUGUUCAAGUUAUGAAAAGUGAAGGGGUGGAUUUAUCAGUUGGGUAUCUUUUUCGGCCAAUGUCAAAUUCAGGUAUAAUAUUGGAGGAACCGUUGAAGUAUAAUGCUAUUCAUGAUUGUCUGAAAUAUUAUCUAGCAACGUUAGGUUUGGAUGAAGGGGAGACCCCCCAUAGCUUGAGGGCAGGAUGUGCGUUAACAAUGGUGCUUUCCGGGGCUGCAACAUCCUCCUCGGAGGUGAUGCGUCACGUAGGUUGGUUCACAGAUGAAAGCGUACAAUAUUAUACACGGGCAGGAUUGCUAAAAGAUUCUGAGAGUGUUUCCAGUAGGUUGGCAAAAGCUGUUGUAAAUAAUGACGAGCCAGAAAAUAUUUUUAGGCAACAUACUACAUCUCUGCCAGCGUUUCAGCAAUAAAUUGUAGAACGUUUUUGUAAUAGUGUAUGUGAAGUAUUGUAAAAUAAGUGCAUUAAUGAUGUCACUAUGUUAUUUUGAGUUUGGAAUAAUAAAGUUAUAAAUGAGAGUAAAAUAUUUUUCGUUAUUUAAGUAUUGGGAGGAGAGAAGAGAAUAAAAAUGUUAUGUCACCACCAGAAGUGGUGACAUAUUGUAUCAUGAUGCAUGAUAUAUCGAGUAUAUGCAUACGCAACUGACAUUUUGCCCCAAACCUUAAUGUGAAGUACUGUUCGAAGUAUAUAUGUCACUUUGGGAAGGGUACU